CAGACCGAUCUUGAAGCGUCGCCGAUACGUGAAGGGUCUUUGAUCCAGCAAUGGCUGAUGAAGGAGGCGACGCGCCGGCAGAGCAAGUGCCUCGCGAUGAUGUGAGCGUGACGCUCAUGGGCAACGUGCUGGAGAAGCUGCGUGUACUGCAAUAUGACCGAGAGUUCGGCAAGAAAAAAAGCUUCGUGCCCUUCAAUGAGACGCAAUUCGCCAUCAUGAACGCCGGCACCAAUGCCAGCGCGCAAUUCAAGAGCUUUUUGGACCUCGUGACUUUCUUGCUUAAGAGCUGUGGCCAGGACUUUGUCGUGGACAAGUACGACGACCCCAACACGAGCGUCAACAAACUCAUCCUGACGCUAAAGACUUUGGGCUUCCCGCUCGACUUCCCCGCUUCCAAGCUCAAGCUCGGCUACGGUGAGGCUGUCUGUGCAGCGCUGGACUUCAUCUGUGAUCAGGCCCUCACUGCUCGGCGCUUCGACUGGCCGCGGCCACAGUAUCCGAAGGAGGACUUCGCUGACGAGGCUGAAGUGGAUGAGGAGGCUGAGGUGGACACCACCAACGACGACGACGGCAACGCACAGCCUGGACCGGAAGAAGAGGCCGAGGAGCUCUACAGCGAUCUUAUACGCAGUGACAAAACAGCUGAAGAUCAACACGACCUGGAUCAGAGCUUCCAGCAAAUGAUCAUGAGCGAAGUGAAUCCACUGCUCUGGAAGACGGAGCUGGAGCGUGUUGGGCCGAGACUGAAGGUGAAAGGCGGUGCUGCUGCUGCAGGUGCUGCAGGUAAAGAAUGGCACGGGCACAUUGAGCGAUCGAGAGAUCACGAGAAGAUCAUGAACGAGCUGUUACCGCGUGCGAAUGGCCAGCUGCGCUUGCUUGGUACUCAACUCGCGGAAGCCACAGGGCGGAUGGGUGCGAAAGAAAAGAUGUUCAAUAACCAGUACGAACAUCUAAGACAAGAGUAUGCAGCGCUCAAGGAGAAACUGCAAGCAGCGACGGAAGUUGGCAAGGAAGGAGCCGAUCGCGUGAACGCCAUGACGACUGAGUACGCCGAGACGACGGAACAGUUGAAAGAAACCAAGGGCGUCAUGGACGAGCGCGGCGCCAAGAUGACGGACACGUCACCACUUGUGCACAUAAAGAGCGCGCUAAAGACGCUCGCUACUGAGAUCAAGAACUUUGAGUUGCGCAUUGGUGUCGUCAGCCAUACGCUGUUGCAGGCAAAGUGCCGCCAGGCCAGUGCCGCAAGUGUGCGACGACGUGGAGGCGAAGCGGCUGCAGACGGACAGAGCUACCAGGAUCCCGAGUACGACCCGAGCGACGAGGAUUCAAACUAACCGCCAUGAAUGCAUUCAUUUAAUUCCC